CAACAACAAGCAGCAAAGCGAGUACAAAGCAGCAGCAAGCAACCAAACCAACCAACCACUUUCCCGCCCGCGAACGACGACAAGCACAGCAUUGGUUGGUGUGAUCGAUCGAUUGCGGUUGUUUGGCCAUGGCAAACUCUGCUGCGUUGGUGCGCCUUCGCAAGGAGCUCAAGUCCAUCCAGGCUGAUGAGAACCCACUGUACAAGUUUAUUGGGCUGGAGCAGGACAGCAUGUUCCUCUGGAGCUUGUGGAUCUUUGGACCUCCAGGCACAGCAUUCGAAGGCGGCGCGUUCAGGUGUUUGGUGCGGUUCCCAUCCUCUUACCCAAUGGACCCGCCAUCAUGGCAGUUUCUCACACCCAUCUUCCAUCCAAACGUCUACUUUGACGGAAAGGUAUGCGUGUCUGUGCUGCAGCAGCCAGCGCAGGCCCAGCGUUCCAACGGCUUCUGGAUGCCCACCCUGGACGUGCCUGGCGUGUGCCAGAGCGUCCUCAGCCUCCUGUCCAGCCCAAACCCGCUCGAUCCAGCAAACGCAGAGGCAGCAACCCUGGUUGGUGCCGCCUUUUGUGUGUGA